CGGAUUGAUAAAGGAAGUGCUGGUAACUCUGGGUACGGGUGAGUUUGGGGAAGGCUCUCACCCUCCCUUGCUCCUCUGAAGAGGCCUGAUCCACGCUCUCCAGGUACCUCCUGACUCCCCACGGAGGCACCCCCUAGGGCCUCCCCUCUGGCCUUGGAAGAGCUGCUUGUCUUCUCCUCCCCUGGGAGGAGAGUGAGGCAAUGGGUCUGUCCCUGCUGCUGUCUCUGCUGCUGUUGCCGACAUGUCUGCAGCCUGGUAGGUCAGAAGAAUGUGAUUCAAAAUAUGACUAUGGGAUCGAGCAACCAGAUCACCUCUCAGCCCCCAUGGGUGGCUCCGUCCAUAUCCGUUUCUCCUUCUAUUACUGCUGGGAGUUGGCCAAGGAUCCCAGAGUGAGUAUAGCCUUGAGACGGGGACAGUUCCAUGGGCAGGUCAUCUACAACAGUACUCAGAGUUUCAUCCAUGAGGAAUACAAGAACCGCAUCUCCCUGAACUUGCCAACGGGUCAGAAGUCUGGCUCCCUGUGGAUAUCGAACCUGCGGAAGGAGGAUGAGAAUAUAUACUUUUGCCGGAUCCAGGUGAAAACACUAAGAAACGGCAUGCAGGUGUGGCAGUCCCUCCAGGGGACCAGGCUCACCGUCACCCACGCUGCCGAGAAGACCACCGAGGGCCCCACCACCACUGCCCCCACCACCACUGCCCCCACCACCACUGACCUCAGUGUCUUGGAAGGCACUGGGAGUUCGGCGUCUUCACCCCUGAGUGUGGGAGCUGCAGUUGGGGUGGCACUGGCUGGUGCUGUGCUCAUACUUGCAAUUUUGGGACUGAUACUCUACCUCUGGUGGAAGAGAAGCAAAGAUCUGCAGACUAAAGCCAGAACUGUAGCCAGGGGAUCCUUCCAAAACACUGAGGAGAAAUAUGAGAACAUUGGGAUUAAAAGACAACAAACAGGGCCCCAGCUGGAGCCCAAGCUGGAGCCCAAGGUGGAGCCCAAGGAUGAAGCCCAGAACAACAGCGGCAUCCUCUACGCCUCCCUCACUCUCUCCAGCUCAUCACUGGCAGCAUCUCCCUGCAUCCCUCCCAAGGAGAGGCCCCAGGAGGAGACCCUAUACUCUCUCAUAAAGGCCUGAUGAGUGGGACUGAAGGAUGACCUCCUUAGACUAAACUGCCCAGUGGGUCACAGCUUCUGAUAAUAACCCCGGCCAGACACAGAAGACUCAGAAGUCAGCAGGUGUGGAAGGCCACCAAGGACCGCAGAAAAACAGAGCCAUCUGCUCCAACUCCCUCUCUGCCUUCCCAGCCCUUGCCCACAAGAAUAAAAGUACCUAGAAUUUGCCCCAAGGCAUCUAAGGAGAAAA